AUGUUUUGCCAUCAAACAACAACACCAUUCGCGAAUAAUCCUCGAAGAAGAGAGGUCGCGUCUACUUCGUCAAAGCACGCUUCGUCGUCUACUUCGUCUUCGUUUGGAUGUUACCGAAAGCAGCAGCAGCGCUUCUGUUCUUUGUCUUCUUUAAGACGAAUUUCCAAUUCGAAAUUCUCGUUAGGGAAACGACGACGCUUUCAAAGUUGCGCCAAGAACAACAUCAUCUCUUCGACCACGGCAUCGAUGAAGGAGGAGGAAAACGAGGAGAAUAUGGAAGAAGGAGGAAAUUUGAACGUGGAUGCGGUCGUGUUUGAAUCCGUCGUCGACACUGGCGGUGGUGGAAGUGGUUCUGGUUCUGUUGGUGGAGGGAAAAGCAACUCCAACACCAAGACCAACAACUUUUCAGCGAGCGGGAUUUUUGAUUCUUUGCUGAAGUCGUACGACGAAUUCGACGCGUCCGAGCAACUGGAAAGGAUGAAAAGAAACGCGAAACAAUCGGAUCGAGUGGCGAAAGCGAUGCAGUAUAAAGCAGGGAAAGCGGCGAGGAGUUUACGGGUGAAAGUGAAUAAUAGUAAUAACGGGAAGGGCACCGCGGGCGUUUUGACGACGAGUUCAUCGAAUAAUCCGGCGGCAUUAUUGGGAAGGAAAAAUGCGUCGUCGGAGAAGAAGAGAGAGAAAAAUAAGGUUCCCGUGGCGUAUCCAGACGCGACGAAACCGACGAUAUAUAAACUCACCGACGCGGAACGCGCGGCUAUGGGUGCACUCGACGCGGACGAGAUGCAUUUCGUGCCGAUACCAAACGAAAAUUGGUCCGUCUCUUUACUCCGGUAUCUUCCGAAAAGGUCGAGCGCGAACGUGGAUUACUCGAAGCCGCCGGUUAUAUUCAUUCCAGGAUGCGCGUCGAACGCGCACACGUUCGAUGUUGAUGCGAGCGAUGGUUUUUCCAUGCCAAGAUUAUGCGCGGAAAAACUACGCAGAGAAGUUUGGAUUUGCGAAUCUCGAGGGGUUGGUCACGCGAGGAACCACGAGACGCCGCUGGAGAGUUACACGAAGCUCGUGAUGGAGGAAGACGUCGAGGACGAGGAGCAAUACGACGAAUCGAACAAAAAGAAAUCGCAAACGAAGAAGAAAAUUAUUGUUUCGGUGCCGAAAAUCAAGCCAACCGUAUACGGCGGAUGGGACUUCGAUACGUACGUUUUGGACGAUUUGCCGACGGCGUUUACGUAUAUACGAAACUUAAUGGUCAACGAAGGCCGGGCACAAAGGGAUACAUUUGAGUACGAUUUAAUCGGUCACUCGAUGGGCGGUAUGCUCGCGUGCGCUAUAGCGGCCAGAAGUCAACACGAACACCCAGGGUGGUCGAUUCGGAAAGUCAUCGCUUUAGCGUCGUCGUUGGAGUGCUCUUCGACUAACGCGCAGACGGUACCGUCCAUUUACGCUCGAUUCGCGGCAUUAGCCGGGCAUUUACCGAGAGGUUUAACCGGAGGCGCAUCCGCGAUACCAAAAAUACACUUACCGUUACAGCCGGUUUCAGUCGGCACCGCGGAACUGUUCACUCGAGUCUUGGGCCCGCCGGACGAGAAAAGGCAAGAAGACGUUUCGAAUCCAGCCUCGGCGUUCUGGAACAACUCCGUCUCUGCGACGACGUGUUACCCGGGCGCCACGAGUGCAAAAUUUCUCCGAAAACUCCUCGUGUACGGAUUCGAUAACGUCCCGUUAAGUCUACUUCUUCAAAUGUGCACCUUAUUCACUCCGGGCGGCAUGCGCUCGCGCGAAGGCUUGCGAAACUUCUUCACGGAAUCCAAACGCCCGUCCGAAAUCACCAUCUUUGGCGAAAACAAAUUCAAAGAAGACCCAAUGGAAAUGCAAAAACCCGUCAUCAACUACGUCGACGCGUUCGCCAACAGCAACGUCCCCAUGCUUUGCAUCGCCGCCGAUUACGACCCAAUCUUUCCUCCCGAACAAGUCAAAGCCUUCGCGAAAAGAGUCAACGCUCGAUACGAGUGCGUCGGCGACGGGUCCAUUUUCGAAAACGACGACGACAAAGAAAAAGGCGAAAACAUCAUCGACAAAGAAGAAGAGCAAAAACAGCGCGACCUCCUAAACUCUGGCCGCGUAAAAAGUGAUGAUAUGCCCGAAAUGAGAGACGCCAACGGAGACGCGGUUCCGAGCCACAUGAGUCACUACGACGUUCUCUGCGGUAAGCGUGCGCCGGUGUUGGUGUACCCGAAAAUCCUCGCCUUUCUCGAAGAAUAA